AUGUGGUGGAUGCUUUUUCCACGAUGGAUUUGGUUUCUUGUGGGACAGUGUUACAUUUUGAUCCUGUACACAGGCAACUAUCGUGUGAGGGCUAUGCCAAUGUCUGUGGCAAAAGUGGUGUACUCACAUGCAGGUAUGUGCCCGAACGAGAUGAACCCCAACCUGUGGGUGGAUGCCAUGAGCACUUGCAUGCGCGAGUGUGAAUCUGACCAGGACUGUGAGGCAUUUGAGAAGUGCUGCCCAAAUGUGUGUGGUAACAAGAGCUGUGUGGCGGCGCGGUACAUGGACAUCAAGGGCAACAAGGGUCCCAUUGGAAUGCCGAAGGGCGCCACCUGUGACAAGUUCAUGUGUUCUCAGCAAGGGUCAGAGUGCGACAUCUGGGAUGGCCAGCCUGUCUGUAAGUGCCGGGACCGUUGUGAGAGAGAGCCCCACUUCACCUGUGCAUCUGACGGCAUGACCUACUAUAACAAGUGCUACAUGGAUGCAGAGGCCUGUUCCAAGGGUAUCUCUAUCUCUGUGGUCACCUGCAGGUACCACCUGACCUGGCCAAACACCAGCCCAAUUCCCAUAGAAACCACCCUUCGCCCCACUACUGCCCUCCAGACCACCCUUCCAGCUGACAUCCAUCCCCCUACCAUGCUGAGUGGUCCCACCCAACAAGCUGUGUUUGUGGGUGAGACAGCUAGCUUCCUGUGUGAGGUGUCUGGGAAGCCACAUCCGGAAAUCACCUGGGAGAAACAACUGGAAGGCAAAGAGAACACCAUAAUGAGACCUAAUCAUGUCAGAGGAAAUGUCGUGGUCACAAACAUCGGCCAGUUGGUCAUAUACAAUGCUCAACUGCAGGAUGCCGGCAUUUAUACUUGCACAGCCAGAAAUGUUGGUGGAGCCGUGUCAUCACACUUUCCCUUGCUAGUAAUCAGGAGAGAACCAAGAGGUAAGAAUGCACAGGGGAAUAGCACCAACUUGCCCUUUCCAGCCGCGGAGUGCCUUAAGAGUCCAGACACAGAUGACUGCGGUGAAGAGAGCAUGAGCUGGUACUACGAAUCAAAGAGGAACAAUUGUUUUACCUUCACCUAUAGCCAGUGCAAUAAAAACCAGAACCAUUUUGAUACCUAUGAAGCCUGCAUGCUGUCUUGCGGGGCAGAGCUGGCUGCCCCCUGUAGCCUGCCGAGCCUUCAAGGACCUUGCAAGGCCUAUGAACCUCGAUGGGCCUAUAGCAACAGCCUGAAAAAGUGCCAGUCCUUUGUCUAUGGAGGCUGUGGUGGCAAUGAGAACAACUUUGAGUCCAAAGAGGCCUGUGAAGAGAUGUGCCCCUUUCCCAAGCACCACAACUGCAAAAUGUGUAAACCACGGGGCAAGAUGGUGACCAGUUUCUGCAAGAGUGACUUUGUGAUCCUAGGGCGUGUGACUGAGCUGACUGAGGAGCAAGAGUCAGGUCAUGCUUUGGUGACAGUCGAGGAGAUCUUGAAGGAUGAGAAGAUGGGUCUCAAAUUCUUUGGACAGGAACCGUUGGAGGUAACUCUGCUGAAUAUGGACUGGAACUGCCCCUGCCCCAACAUCACUACAGCUGAGGGACAGCUGAUCAUCAUGGGAGAUGUUCACAAUGGUAUGGCUGUCCUGCAGCCUGACAGCUUUGUAGGAUCCUCCAGUGCCCGGAGGGUCAGGAAGCUUCGAGAGGUUAUUCACAAGAAGACCUGCGAUUUUCUUAAAGAGUUCUCCACCAUCCAAUAGAGUCGUUCAAGAUCUCACUUCCUGUAGGACAAAUGGACAUUUAAGUAAUUCUGGGUUCCAAGUUCCAGUGACCUCACCAGCCUGAUUGACUGUCAACGCCACAAAACUAGUUCACUGUCUUUAACCUGGCGUUUUGCUGUCUGUUUUCCUCCUUACUCAUAUGUACCAUGAAAGCUUGUGACCUUCUCAUGGUUCAACACUGAUAUUGUUUUCAGUUUCUCUGAUUCACUCAUUUUGGACUGUUACUUCAUCCAAACUGUCAAAUAGCUGGAGGUCAUUUUAAAUUAGUCAUGCUUAGACUGCUGUUGAUGUCAGUUUUUGAGGUGUGCUCUCUGAAAAAAAAGCAAGUAGUAUAGUAAUAGUGACAAGCAUUAGCUUGUACAAAAUAUUUAAUCUAUGUAACGCUGAAGUAAAACUAAAAUGCCCUUAUAAGUUAAGUUUUCAUCUCUAAAUUUUAUCUUGAAUACACUAAUUCCGUUUAUAUAGCAGUAUGCCUUAAUGCAAUUGGAUAUUUUGCUUUAUGUUGUGUGGGGUAUCCCAAAAUAUAUAUUCUGUUACAAGCACUUAAGCUCUCAAUAACACAGUUUGAAGCCUCAUUUUAUCUACCAGAAUCAAAUAAGCUCUUUGGUUCCACUUUAUGUGGAAUCCAUUUUGAAAUGAAUUAAUUUACAUUAUGGAAUAUAUAUGAAUAUAUAUGGACUUCUGUACUUAACUUCAUAUUUAUUUUUUGAUCCUUUCUUUAUAGGGUUUUCAGAGUAAAUACGUACACACACACACACACACACACACACAUUGCAGUAGGGCUAAGCGAUAUAUAUUGAUAUUGUGAUAUGAGACUUGAUAUUGUCUGGGAUUUUGAAUAUCGUAAUACCUUGAUCUGACAUAAGUUGUUGUUUUGUCCUGGUUUUAAAGACUGCAACACAGCAAAGAGAUAACUUUUGUUAAACUUAUUAGACUUUUGUAGGUCUUACAUUAUUUUUGGUCAUCAUAUCCAGAUUACUGAUGACUGUCUAUAAAAAAUGUCUUGUGUUUAAAUAUCUGAUGAAUACAUCAUUUGUCAUCCCUACAAUAUCAGCACAAUAUUGACAUCAGGGUAUUUGGUCAAACAUAUCAUGAUAUUUGAUUUUGUCUGUAUCACCCAGCCCUAAUAGGCAGUAUGUACUUGUGUGAAUCUAUUUAGAAAGAGAGUAGGAUAUGCUUAUGUUAUCUAUGAUAUUAAUUUUCACUACAAUGUUAAUGGUAUAUGAUGAUAAACAAAUAAAGAUGAUUUAGAAAGUA